AUGUCUCCCACAGCUCUUGGAACGACGGUUGGAAGGAUAAAAAAAACACUAUACUCUGACCUUCAAAAAUACGUUGCUACCCCAAGUGCAGAAGAUGAAUCAUUUCUUGCCACUGGGGGCAUGGACCUUUCCGAAGAUGGCUCCAAGUUCGAAGAAACCAAGUACUUUAUACCCACAUCCAGACGUCGUUGUAAUUUCACGACCAUCAUUGCCGUUGUUUCAAGUGUCCUAGCUGCAAUCCUACUUUUUACCGUCGCAGCACUCCUAGACCACAGCCACCCUUCAAUAAACUACGUUCCAGCAAUCACUGAUAACGUCCAAGUCGGGGGAUGGCCUCUUGUAGAAGCAGGAGGCAAUGUCAUCGUGGACUGUGGAGGUACUCCUGCCGAGGCCAAGGAUAGAGGCUGUGUAUGGGAUCUCAUGUCAUUCUCCUGGACCCAUCCAGCAUGCUACAAUAAAAAUGAGUCGGAGACCUUUCUCGCUGAAUACGGCCCAUGGAAGUGGUAUGAAAAUGUAGAUAACAAGCCUGGAGCAGAGGUUUUGGACGAGAGCGACUUGCCGUACAUGUCGAUGGUUUGGACGCAGGAACAUUACCACAUUGCACAUUGCACAUACAUUCUCAAAUUGUUACACCUUGCUGCAAUGAGCGGGCAUCUGGUCACGGACGAAGGGAUUGGCAUGUUUCACACGGAUCACUGCGUGAAAGUUUUCUUAGACCCCGAACGAGUUGUCUUUGAAAAAGUCACGACUAGAGUGCAGUUGCUAUAUGGAAAGUGUGUCACAAUACGAGAUGUUAAUUAG